AUGGUAGCCACGGGCACUGAGUGUGGCGGCCUGCAUGGUGAAGGUAUCUGGUGCCAGUGGCUGGCAGAGGUCCAGUUACUCGCCACGAAUGAGGCUCGGGGGUCCCCGGUGCCCUGGGCAGCCCCCGCACAGCAGGGCUCAGGUUCCCGCACAACCGCACACGUGGGCACGCAGCACACGCCCGGGAACUGCGAGCACUUGGGACCUCUGGGGGGCAGGGAGCACUGCGGGCUUCGGUUUUCCCAUCGGGGAAAUGGGACCCCGGAGGGGCUGGGCAUGGGGGUCAGGCCACUAGUGACCACGCCCCUGGUCGGUAAACGCGCAGCCCGAGAGGGUCUCUAUUACAGACGAGAAGGAAUCGACACUAAUAAAGCGGAAUGUGCUACCCUGCGUCUCGAACUGGCCUUCCCGGGCCUCGGGCUGACCCCUGCGGCCGCCGCAAGGACCAGGUGCCCGGCAUCCGGGGAGAACUACAAUUCCCAGGAUGCCUCGCGCCGUCAGCGCCGCGCCAGCCGGGGGCCAAUGGGAGGGGCGAGGCGGAGCCUCGGCGCAAGUGGCGUGGUGACGUGCCGACGGCGACGUCGGGGUUUGUGUGCGCGAGAGGCCACCGAUAAAGGUUGGGUGCCUCGCGCCGGGGGCCGUUGGGAGGGAGCGCGCCCCGCCCCCCUCCCCGGCCCCCACUCCUGCCCCGCUGCUGCCGGGGCCCCGCCUUCCCGUCGGCCCCCGCGGGACGGCCCUGGGUCUCCCCGGCUCGUUACCCCGGUCGGGGCCGCAGGUGUGAUGGUCGGCUCCCACGCGGACAUGGCGCCGGCCGCGACCGCCGAGGGCACCGCGGAGAAGCCGGGCCCCGCAGCCCCCGCGCCGGCGGCCCAGUACGAGUGCGGGGAGUGCGGCAAGUCGUUCCGGUGGUCGUCGCGGCUCUUGCACCACCAGCGCACGCACACGGGCGAGCGGCCCUACAAGUGCCCCGACUGCCCCAAGGCCUUCAAGGGCUCGUCUGCGCUGCUGUACCACCAGCGGGGCCACACCGGGGAGCGGCCCUACCAGUGCCCCGACUGCCCCAAGGCCUUCAAGCGCUCGUCGCUGCUGCAGAUCCACCGCAGCGUGCACACGGGCCUGCGGGCCUUCACCUGCGGCCAGUGCGGCCUGGCCUUCAAGUGGUCCUCGCACUACCAGUACCACCUGCGGCAGCACUCGGGCGAGCGGCCCUACCCCUGCCCCGACUGCCCCAAGGCCUUCAAGAACUCGUCCAGCCUGCGGCGCCACCGGCACGUGCACACUGGCGAGCGGCCCCACGCCUGCGGCGUGUGCGGCAAGAGCUUCACGCAGAGCACCAACCUGCGGCAGCACCAGCGCGUGCACACGGGCGAGCGGCCCUUCCGCUGCCCGCUCUGCCCCAAGACCUUCACGCACUCGUCCAACCUGCUGCUGCACCAGCGCACCCAUGUCCAUGUCCUCCCCCACCUCCAGGCCACGCUCUCCCUCGAGGUGGCAGGGGGCCCGGCCCAGGCCCCGCCCCCAGGCCCGGCAGCCCCCAACUCCCAGACGUUCCUCCUGGUGCAGACCGCCCAAGGCCUGCAGCUCAUCCCCAGCAGCGUGCAGCCCCCUACGCCCCCGCCCCCACCCGCACCCCCCAAGCUUAUCCUGCUGCCUUCCUCCAGUACUGGUUGUGGGGGCAGCCGCGCAAGACAGGGCCCCCGGGCAGUGGGGAAAGCUGGACCGGGGACUGGAGUAGUCUGGCUGCCCGGCCCUGGGGGGCUGGGGGUACAGGGAGGGGGCAACGCCGGGGCCAGCGGGGGAGGGCAGAGCCUCAUCGUUCUGCAGAAUGUCGGGGCUGGGGAGGCAGGGCCACAGGAAAUGAGUGGGGUCCAGCUGCAGCCCCUCCGGCCAGGCCCGGAAGUGACCACUGUCCAGCUCCAGCCGGCACAGGAAGUGACCACGGUCCAGCUCCAGCCGGCACAGGAGGUGACCACGGUCCAGCUCCAGCCAGCCCAGGAAGUGACCACGGUCCAGCUCCAGCCUGUGGCGGGCCAGCUGUCCAAUCCUAGUGCGGGAGCGGUGACCACUGAGGCCCCCAAUCUGCUGGUGGUUCAGAGUGGAGCAGCAGAGGAACUGCUGGCGGGCCCCAGCCCCGGGGAGCCGGGUGACGGUGAGGCCAGCGCUGGCGUGGUCCAGGACGUGCUCUUUGAGACGCUGCAGACCGAUGAGGGAUUGCAGAGCGUCCUGGUGCUGAGCGGGGCCGAUGGGGAGCAGACUCAGCUGUGUGUGCAGGAGGUAGAGACCCUCCCCCCGGGGCUGGCUGAGCCGCCUGCCCCCGGCCCCCCGGGACAGAAACUGCUUAUCAUCCGCAGCGCUCCGACCACCGAGCUGCUGGAGAACAGCAGCAUUGGGGGAGGCGCCGCCACGCUGCAGCUGCUGGCCCCACCGCCACCUGGCCCAGCCUCUAUCCCCGCGGGCAUCCCUGCGGCGCCCACUUCCCAGAUGGUACAAGUGGUCCCCGCAGGAGCUGUGCCUGGGGGCAUGACCCCACAGGGCCUGCCCUCCAUCCAGAUUGUCCAGACUCUGCCCGCAGUCCAGCUGGUGCACACGUUUUGAGUAGAACCACUGGUACCUCUUCCCGCCCCACACGGAGACCCCGACUUUCUGUCUGCCUGGGUUGGGUUGUGGGCAGGGGUGCUGCAGGCCGGGCUUGCUAAUAAAGACCAGAACCUCC